AUGGAUUCAACUCAACAUCAUCAACAUGUCCCUUAUGGAAUUAAUCAUAGGAUGAACAACUCUUCAUCUAGUCUAAUGAAUGAAGGAUCUGGUUUUGAUUUUGGGGAGCUAGAAGAAGCAAUAGUUCUGCAAGGAGUUAAGAGUAGAAAUGAUGAAACAAAAGCAUCCUUUUUCACAGCCAGACCUUCUGCUACACUGGAAAUGUUCCCUUCUUGGCCAAUGAGAUUCCAUCAAACUUCAAUAGGAGGAACCAAAUCAGGAGGGGAAAGCAGUGAUUCAGCACUAUCAAGCAAAAAUGAGAAUCCUUUUGAGGAAGAAUCACCAUUAAGUUGUAAAAAAGGAACUUCAUUUUCAUCGGAUAAUAAUAAUCAUAAUCAGAAUUUUGAUGAACAAAAUCUACAGAAGAUGAUAGCAAAUGAUGGUAUAAGAACAGCCUCUUCAUCACAGAAUCAAUCAGCAGAAGCCGGGAAAGAAAAGAAAAAGGGAGGUGGUUCCACAUCAGAUAAGCCACUUGAUGCAAAGACAUUGAGACGUUUAGCACAAAACAGGGAAGCUGCAAGGAAAAGUCGUCUUAGAAAAAAGGCUUAUGUUCAGCAACUAGAGUCAAGUAGAUUAAAGCUUACACAAUUAGAACAAGACCUUCAAAGAGCACGAUCUCAGGGUAUGUUCAUGGAUUGGAAUGGUGGUGUUGGUGGCAAUAUUAGCUCUGGAGGCGCAAUGUUUGACAUGGAAUAUGGAAGAUGGUUAGAAGAUGACAACCGUUUAUUAACGGAGUUAAGAAACGGAUUACAAACGGCGUUAACAGAGAAUGAAAUGAGAGUCAUGGUAGAUGGAUAUUUAUGUCAUUAUGAUCAAAUAUUUAGAGUGAAAGGAAUAACCGCAAAAACAGAUGUUUUUCAUCUUAUCAAUGGCAUGUGGACUUCUCAAGCUGAACGUUGCUUCCUUUGGAUCGGUGGCUUUAGACCCUCUGAAAUUAUCACGAUGUUAAUCCAACAAUUGGAACCACUAGCUGAGCAGCAAAUAAUGGGAAUGUAUGGACUGAGACAUUCUACACAGCAAGCUGAGGAAGCUCUCUCUCAAGGACUUGAUCAGUUGCAACAAUCUCUUGUUGACACCAUUGCUGGAGGACCACUGGUUGACGGUGUUCAACAAAUGGUCGUCGCCAUGGGCAAGCUCUCUAACCUCGAAGGAUUUCUUCGUCAGGCGGAUUAUUUGAGGCAACAAACUCUUCACCAACUUUGUCGAUUACUGACACUUCGUCAAGCUGCGCGUUCUUUUCUUGUCAUCGGAGAAUAUUACGGUCGACUUCGAGCUCUUAGUUCUCUUUGGGCAUCAAGACCACGAGAGAGCAUGAUGAGUGAUGAUAACUCAUGCCAAACAACCACAGACAUGCAAAUGGUUCAACCUUCUCAAAAUCAUUUCUCAAGUUUCUGA